AUGUCUUGUUAUGUAUGUUCUGCACUUUCAAUCAAUCCAUGGUCUCACUGCUGCUCAAGAACAGGGGCCCGUUUUUCCUGUCAGGGCUGCAAACUUGAUUUACUGUGCUGCAACUCUUAUGAAUAUUGUGUUUCUUGCUGUUUGAACCCUUCUAAGACCAAGAAAGGAGAUGUGCUGAAGCCAGUUACUGCUGGAACAUACACAAAUGUCUUCGAUUUCUGCAUGGGAAGAUGCCGUCAUAGUUCUGCAAGUGUGGUUCAUGAAAAUGCCUACGCUAGUGACUUCCAUCAUUGUUUUUCAGUGAAGCAAAAUUCAUCGGGAUCAAUUGAAUCUAGUUCUGUAUCAAGGUUGUUGGGCAUUAAUGCCAUUGUUGGAAGGCCAGGAGAAUCCUGCAGCUUGGUUUGCAAAGUAAGAGGGCAGUCAUGUGUUCGAAUCAGGCUCUCUGUGCUGAACAAAUGUGAGAUUUUGCAGAAAUAUAUGAGAUGCAAAAGCGGCUCCUUUCGCAGCCUUGGACUAGAUCAGCCUGCCGAAGUAGUUGAUGAAGCUCCAACCAAUUUGAAUCCAGGAGCAUGCCUAUAUAUGCAGAUGGAUGAGCGGCUCACAUGUGAUGGUUCUCAUCAACAUACACGGAGGCUUUGUCCAUGCGCAUGAGAUGGGAAAAAAGAAUGUGACACUCAUUUGAGAGGUAGUUUUCCAUGAAAAAGUUUUAUCAGGCUUUUAAAAACUCAUCUAAUUGACAGGAUAUGAACAAAAUUGACCAUGAUGAACAACCUUGCUACCUGCUGGUU